ACUGGGUUCCUGUUUCUAUUCUUAUAAUGACGGCAAAGGUUUAACCUUUUGAAUCAAAUCUCCAAUCAAACAGGAAAGAGUUCUUAUUUAAGGCAAAUUCUUUCAGGGAUUUUGUAAAAGGAAAUGGGCUUCUGGGUUUUGCUGGAAGGCCUUCUUCUCUUUGCCAAUGCACUGGCAAUACUAAAUGAGGACAGGUUUCUUGCUCCAAGGGGAUGGACCAUGGUAGAAGUUCAAGGAAGUGCAAGGAAAACACUCAAGGCACAAAUUGUCGGGUUCAUACAUGCAUGUCAGUACAUGAGGCUUCUACUCAUCCCUCUCAAUAUCAUCACUAUCAUGGUGAAGCUGUUGUCUGGGUGAAAUCAGAUGGAUGAGAGAUUCAUGGCUUACAACAUUUAUUAAUCCUUGCACAUUAUGGUAUGUUAUGGAACCUAAGACAACCAUAUUCCCAUGAAGUUCUGUGUUUAUCAUGUACGAUACUCAGGUUGGUCAGAUGCAAAUGUGUUUAUCAUGGCUAAUUGCUAAUGGUAGUGGCCCUGUUCAGGCAAAGUUUGGGGCAUUUGAGCAUUAUUGCAUUAAUGUACAGUUAUUCAUGUUUAUUUUGGUACUUCUGAAAAUUUUAUGAGAUUCCGGUUAUUUUCAAUGGCUAAUUCAUUCAUACUCCAGGUUCUAUUGUACUAAUCCUUAUCCAUCUGGCUGUUUAAGAAUGAAAUGCUGAACUAGUA